UAGCUUGCUUGUCAUCAACACACAUGCAUGCAUCUGUCUGACCUAGCAAUAAGCACGUGCUAGUAGUAGACGUGAAAGCAGGAAACAUGGCCACCAGCACUGCAAGGUCGACGGCGGCGGCGGCGGACUUGCUGCUCUACCUCUCGCUGUCGACGGCGAGCAAGGUCAUCGCCAAGAAGGGAGGUGGUGGAGGCGGCGGCGCGUUCCGAUGCCGCACCUGCGGCCGCUGCUUCCGCACGUUCCAGGCGCUCGGCGGCCACCGGACCAGCCACAAGCGGCCCCGGGUGCGCGCCGACGGCCUCGAGCUCCUGCUCGGCGCGAGGCCCGGCAAGGGAGCCGCCAGCGACGUCCACCGCUGCAACACCUGCGGCAUGGUGUUCGCCACGGGGCAGGCGCUCGGCGGCCACAUGCGACGCCACAGGGCGGUGCCGGAGACGACGGCGACGGCGACGGCGUUUGGCGAUAGCGAGGAUGACGCGGGCCACCUGCCCAUUAAGUUAAUCGAGUUCAUAUGAGUUGAACCAUCGAUCGAUCAGUAUCAUCAUCAAAUUAGCUAGGUUUAUUUGGUUUGGAAGUGGUUGCAUGACAAAUAAACAUUUCCAUUAGGCAUCAGCGAAUGCGCAUAUAUACGUCACAAGGUUUUUUUUUCAUGGCCAAGAUUAACGUUCACUAUUGGAAAACUGAUUAUUCA